CCUCACGAAUUCCGCUCCAUUCCAAUCUCUCUCUCUCUCUCUCUCUCAUUGAGAAUAUCGCUUCAUCUUCUUCUUCUUCUUCCUCGUUUAACUCUCUCUGUAAAUGUUUCGUUUUACUGCAAAUAUGAUGAGCACACUGUUUAUAUUGUAUAUAAAUUACUCGGUAUAUUCGUGUCUACGGCUGACUAUAUGAGAUUUGAAUGUUAUUCUCCUUUUGCAAGAUUCAUCCACCACCAAGCAUGUGCAUCUGCAAUCUCAAAUAGAUGAUAAUUUGUUUGCAGAAUGCCACCAAGACAGUUGCGUUUCACCUCAAGAAGAGCACCAACGAAGCUAUUAUUAUGUUCCAUAUUCGUUAUACUUAUCCCAUUAUGGAUUAUUAUCACACACAGACAAAAGAUCUCGUAUUUCUUCCGCCCACUUUGGGAUAAACCUCCUCCUCCAUUUCAACAUUUGUCACAUUUCUACGCAGAAAAUGUUUCAAUCCCACAGCUCUGCCGCCUCCAUGGAUGGUCUCCACGAGAACAUCCACGAAACGUAUUUGAUGCCAUCAUCUUCAGUAACGAAUUAGACAUGCUCGAGAUAAGAUGGAACGAACUCUAUCCCUAUGUGACUAAAUUCGUUAUACUCGAAUCCAACACAACCUUCACCGGUAUCCCCAAACCACUGUUCUUUGCUUCGAACCGCGACAGGUUUUCCUUUGCAGAGGGUAAAAUCGUCCACGGUGUUUUCCCUGGUCGAAUGGCAUCCUCGGGAUUUCAUAGUGACCCGUUUAAGCUCGAAUCCGAGCAAAGGGUAGCCAUGAAUAUGUUCCUUCGUCAGGCUGGGAUCUCAACAGGGGAUAUUCUAAUUAUGUCAGAUACUGACGAGAUCCCGAGCCCACAUACGAUUAAACUGCUUCAAUGGUGCGAUGGAAUUCCCCCGGUUCUUCAUCUCGAGCUGAAACAUUACAUGUACUCUUUUGAGUUUCCCGUCGACUACAGCAGCUGGCGAGCCUCGGUUCAUGUAUAUCAGGCAUGGACGCCUUAUCGCCAUUCUCGACAGUCGAAUCUGAUUCUAUCGGAUGCUGGAUGGCAUUGCAGCUUUUGUUUUAGGAACUUGAGGGAAUUCGUUUUCAAGAUGACUGCUUACAGCCAUGCGGAUCGCGUUAGACGUAACGAGUUUAUGAGCUAUUCGAGAAUUCAGAAACUGAUUUGUAAAGGAGAUGAUCUUUUCGAUAUGUUACCAGAAGAGUAUAGCUUUAGAGAACUGAUUAAGAAGAUGGGAUCUAUUCCACGGUCUGCAUCUGCUAUUCAUCUUCCGGCUUACUUGAUUCAGAAUGCUGAGAAGUAUAAGUUCCUUCUACCUGGAGGAUGUUUGCGCGAAUUUACCGAUGUUUGAUCAAGAUCUAUCGGGUAUGCUUCAUCUUAUUAUGCUUUGUUUUUUUCUUCUUCUUCUUUCCCACUUAAGUAUUCAUCUCCGGGUUCACAACAUGAAUCCAUAAUGGCCACAAUGGAUUGUUAUGUUAAGGAAUAGAGUGCCACAUCUUUAUGUUUGUUCUUCUUCUGGUACUAUCCAUAUAUUUAGUGUUUCAGAU